GCAAAGCAAGCUUCCUUCCCAUGCACGGUUUUGUCCUUUUAAAGACGGCCAACCGCGCCAAACAAGCUCAAUGGCCCAGAUCUUUUCUCCACACUGAGAGCUUGUUAGGGACUCAGUAGUGGUUUAAUCCCCUCUCCGGCCAACCUUCCCCACGGCUAGCAACUCCCACUGCCCACCCAAAGCAAUUUUUUGUUCAUUUUCAGGAAGUCCCUUUCUUCUCCCGCAGGCAUACAAUAUGCGCACUCAUUAUUUGGCUCUUGUGCUGGCCGAGCUGGCAUGCCGGGUCCACGGCACUCCAGUAGAGCCGGUGGUUCGAGAAGAUGUUGCUGCACCGCACGCCCCCGAGAUCACGCCCGCGCCCGCGCUGAAGCAGCCCCCAACACGAACACUUGAGAUUCAGAGGAGAGCCGACAUCUGGGGUGCUUUCGAAUCUGGGGUCAACUCGAUCUUCUCCGGGCUCGGAUCAAGCAUCCCAUCCUAUGUCGCCUCGGGAGUUCCCAACUUCUUCCAAGACUUUCCCACGGGUGACAAAGUCCAGAGCUCACUGGGCAUCGACGACAAUCAGAUUCGGGCGCUGCCGACCCAGGUCCUCAACGUCCCGCCGUAUGGCAACUGGAGCAACAAUGCUUGGAACAUUAGGUUCAGGGGUAAUGUGUACAAGCAGCCCAACACGAGCCGGGAGAAGCUGGACGACCUCGCCAACAUCUUCCUCAUCGGCGUCGACAUCAAGGAUCUGCAACCGAGCGAGCAAGAUCAAGCCCGCAACCUGACUUCCUCUAUCUUUAUUCUGCAGCAAAGCCACCAGAAUGUUUCUAUGGAGAUCAAGCCAGCACCCUCUGUCGGCUCCGGCGGUGGCGCAACCAACACCAACGGAGGCGCUCAGAAUAUCAACCUGCCAACUCUUACCACCAGCCAGGGUGAUUUUGACGAGUUCGUCCCUAUUCAGCUCAAUGGCCUGACCCCAGGCGACAGGACUCAAAGCAUCCAGCGCCUGGACCUGUUCACCAAUGGCUCCCAGCUUGGCAAUGCAACCGCAUACCUGGUGCCGCCAGAGGGCUACACUGUCAUCUCUGACAUUGAUGACAUCCUGAGGGUGACCAAGAUCUACGUACCCAAGGAGGGUUUACUCAACUCCUUCGCCCGUCCAUUCACCCCUUGGGAGAACAUGCCGGACAUUUACGCCAACUGGGCCCGCGAGAACAGGGACAUGCACUUCCACUACCUGACCACCACACCCGAGCAAGCCACCCGGAUCUACAUGGACUACAUCUACAAGACUUACCCAGCAGGCAGCUUCGACACGCGUCCGCUCAACUUUUCCGACGUGGCCGCGACCCUCUCCAUCCGGAAAUACCUCCUCGACCGCGUGUUCCAGACCUUCCCCAAGCGCAAGUUUGUCCUGGUUGGUGACAUUUCCAACUCGGACAUCAUGAAGGACUACCCCAGAAUGGCCAAAGAGUAUCCCGGACAGGUGAGCUGCAUCCUUCUGAGGAACACCAGCGCCACCGACGACCAGAUGCUGUUCCCCUACAACACCAAGGAGUUCAAAGAUGUCGACCAGAAGAACUACAUGUUCUUCAGGACCACGGAGGAUCUGGCCGGGAUCGACGUCGGCAAGGGUGGUUGCUACAAUAACUCGGUGCCGCAAAAUGUUACAUUCGACUUCCAGGCUGAACGCCUGAAGAGGGGUGCUGCGGGUCGGUUAGGAUUCAGCACUGGUGUCACCAUUUUGGUUUCUGCCAUGGCUGCGGCCCUGCUCGCUGUCUAAUGAGGUUCUUCUCGGGCUCUUUACUUACUGUUACUGCCUUGUUUGAUUAUUCUUGGAUCAUGUAUUUGUUUGCCUUUUACCUUUAUGUCCAAGUAUGCUUUUUUAGUCAUACCAUUAAUGAUAGCAAGGCGUUGGUUUGCGAGUAUUCCCUGCGAGACAAUCUUAGUAGAGCACGUGCCGCUAAAACGUCUUUUGCAUCGUUAAACAUGAUUUAGUCUUAUUUGCGGAGAUCAUGAGAUUUCCCUGGUGCAACAGCUAUUAGGUGACUAAACCUCCACCCCCUCUUUACACUACCUAUGGAACUUCAG